AUGUCGACUCCAACGCAGUCAGAGUCGGCUUCAAAACCCCGCCUGUGUGGCUCGGACCACGAUCCUUCCGUGAAGGACAGCAGGGUGUCUUUUGCUAACGUGUCGAACACCAUCGCCACAGUCAAAAUAGGCGUGAAUAGAAAGGCUUUUACCAUUCACCUCGAUCUCCUCACCGGCUCCUCGCCGUACUUCAGGAAGCUCUUCAAAGGACCUUCCAAAGAAACUGAAAGUUAAGAAGUCGCCCUAGACGAUGUCAGCGAGCCAGCCUGGGUUGCCUUCGCCGACUGGCUCUAUCGUCUCCAGAACAUCACUCAGGGUGGCCUUAUUGACAACAUGCGCGUGCAUCCACAUGCGCCGAACCUCAGAGCUCUUCAUAUUCGCGGACAAGUACAAUGUGCCUCAACUUCGAAAACUUAGCGUCACAGGCAUCUGGAGCCUUC